GAGCUCGCUUCUUGUCCACAAUCCUUCAGAAGCCACAACAGCUAACUAGCUGCUACUCCGAUGUCCGUCGCGUCCGCAUCCGCGGCUGCACUCCGGUCCUCGUCCGGCCGCCGCUGCGGCGCUGGCUCUGGCCCCAACGGAGGCAGUAGGUUUCUGAUGAUGCAGAGGAGGGACGUCGUGACCAAGGGGAUCGCGCUCACCGUCUGCUCCUCGCUGCUCGCCUCUUCCGCCUCCAACGGCGGCGCCGACGCUCAAGCAGCAUUGGAGAGGCUGCCGUUCAAGGCGGACGGGUACAGCUUCUGGACGUGGAGGGGCCGCCGGAUACACUACGUCGAGCAAGGGUCCGGGCAGCCCAUCGUGCUCAUCCACGGCUUCGGCGCCUCCGCCUUCCACUGGAGGUACAACAUCCCGGAGCUGGCCAAGAAGUACAAGGUGUACGCCGUUGACCUGCUGGGGUUCGGCUGGAGCGAGAAGGCGCUGGUGGAGUACGACGCCACCAUAUGGAUGGAACAGGUCUCCGACUUCCUCAGGGAGGUCGUCCAGUCGCCGUCCGUCCUCGUGGGCAACAGCUUAGGCGGCUUCACGACGCUGUUCGCCGCGACGGAGGUGCCGGAGCUGGUCCGGGGCAUCGUGCUGCUCAACUCCGCCGGCCAGUUCGGGGACCCCAACGCGCCGCCCAAGGUCGAAACGGCCGAGGAGGAGAGCGCCCUGACGAGGCUCGUCGUGAAGCCGAUCAAGGUGGCCUUCCAGAAGGUCGUGCUCGGGUUCCUCUUCUGGCAGGCCAAGCAGCCGGCCAGGGUCGAGAAAGUCCUGAAGAGCGUGUACAAGGACCCCAGCAAUGUCGAUGACUACCUGAUCACCUCCAUCACCGCGCCGACGGCCGACCCCAACGCCGGCGAGGUGUACUACAGGCUCAUGUCGCGGUUCGUGGCGAACCAGACCCAGUACACGCUGGACAAGCUGCUGGGGAAGCUGUCGUGCCCGCUGCUGCUGCUGUGGGGGGACCUGGACCCGUGGGUCGGCCCGGCCAAAGCGGCGCAGAUCCACAAGUUCUACGCCAACUCCACCGUCGUCAACCUGCAGGCCGGGCACUGCCCGCAUGACGAGGCGCCGGAGCAGGUCAACGCGGCGUUGCUCCAGUGGCUCGGCUCACUGGAGGAGGAGACCGGUGACAAACCAGCCGAGCCCAGCCUCCAGGCCGUGUGAUUCUUGGCACGCCCGAUCGGGUGAGGGCGUUGAAAUUCAGCAACACUGGAAUGUGCGUACGGAACCAGUGUGGAUCAUGAAGAAGAAAGAUGUACUCCUACUUAAAUUAGCUUACAAGUGGGAUUUAGCUUGUAGCAACAUUUGCUACUACGUAGGUAGGGACAAUGUAAAUUGAGAAUGUAUCUAAAUUAUUCUGCUGAAUUCGCAGUUAAU